UUUGUUCAUAUACAUUAUUAUAUUAUUAGGUAUUUAUUACGAUUUUAAUCCGAAUACGAAUAGUAUACAAGGGCAUGGUUUUACUAAGGUUAAGAAUAUUAUUGUGAAGGUUAGAAUAUUUAUAUUACAAACGAUACCAUCGUUAUAUUCGAUUUAUAAUAAUAUUGAUUACACUGUACCAAAUAAUACUACAAAAAUGUUCACACAAAGUGGUUGGGAUAAUAAACGGGUCAAUCGUAGUGCUAGUGUUUUAACACCAAUACCAUGUAUUGGAUCGAAUUCAUUGGCAAAUAUUGGCAAACAUACAUCAACACCUAUCUCACCGAUUAUAUAUAGGGGAGCUGAUCUAACAUCAAAUUCAUCAAUGGUUAGACCGAACAGAAUCAAACAACCUGAAAGAUAUUCAUUAUCAGACACUAGCUAUAACACGUCACAAUUGAAUUCAUCAACAUCACCCACAACAGAUCGCCAAAAUUCACCAAAAUCAAUACCAAAUGCUGCAGGACCAUUAUUGGCAAAUUCACGAUACAAUAUUGGAAUGGGCACAUAUACUGAUAUGCACAGUCCAGGCUUUGCCUCACGAAUAGUACAAUAUAGUGGAGAAUAUGGUGAAAGUGAACAUGGACGAGAACGAGAACGUUUAACACAUUUAGCUAAAUAUGGUAGUCCUGGAUUAUUUCCUGUUGUUAAUUUAAAUAAGACACCUUUAAAAUCAGUUAAAGUGGCUGGGCACCGUCCAGUUACUGUACGAAUAGCUCCACCUGAUAAUUCAUAUAAUAUGGAUCGUAGUUUAAUUUUAAACCAAUCAUUACAAUCACCAAACCAACAAGUAAAUAAUACCAUAGCAACACAAUCUGAAAUUAGUACUCGAAGUGUUUUAGAUGCUUUAAAAGAAAUAUCAAGAAAACGAAUUCAUGCAAGAGACGAUAGUAUAGAAAAGAAUAAAAGACAAAGAAAAAGUUCGCUGUCAAGUGGACAUGGACAUACAGAAUCAAUUGAUACACCCUUAAGUUCAAAACGUGUUCGUGACAUUGAUGUCAAUAACGAACAAUCAUUUAACGGAUCAAAUGGGUCAUCUCCAUCCCCAAAGAAGUAUAAACAAGUCAAACAUGGUUACAAUGAUAUUAUUAGUUCAUUAAGUUCAAGUAUACAUUUAAGACAACAGUAUGCAAACAAACGUAAAUCUGAAAUGGCGGUACCAAAAGAUACCGACAUAAACAAACAAAUUAAAUUAGGCAGUAUGAAAUCAUCACCAAUAAAGCCACCAGAAACAAUAUACAACUCAGCACAAAAUACUGUAACAAUUGUGGAAAAUACAUCACCAUCAAUUAAUAAACAAACAAAAACAACAAACUCAAAAGAAAAUAAUUCGAAAAAUACAAAAGAAAAAUCAUUGAAUAACAACGGUGAUGAAAUUAAUAAAAAACAAGUUGAAAACUUUAAUGAGGGUACUAUAGUCAAUGAAAAUGGUGUGUGUCGUUUAACAUUCAUCUCAAAUCCACCAGAAAAACAAAACGACAUAUUUGUGCCAUUCAAACCACCAACAGAAGAAUCAAAACGUAAACGCUUAGCUGCUUUAUUGGGUGCGUUAAGUGGUGAAGAUUGGGAUGUGAAGACAUUAACAAAAAAAUUCUUUCCACCUGAUAACGAGGAGGAUGCCGUUGAUUCUCCUAAAUCUACUGGAAUCUUAGUGUCUCCAGGCACUAGUAAGCCAUCAGAUGCCGUUAAAAAACAUGUCACAUUUAAUAUACCAUCAACACCUGUUUCAACAUCUUCAGCGGAGAGUCCUGUAGCGAGUAAACCAGAAAUUACAACUACAUCCGUUUCGAUUACUCAACCAAUUUCCUCGACGAUGAGUUUUGGCACAAGUAAUAGUUUACCUACAUCAGAAAGUCAGAGUAUAAAUUCUCCGGCAACUACUCAGAAUAAUAUUAUGUUUGAAAAUACGCCGAAAAAUAAUGAAACAAGCGCUGGAACAGCUCCAAUUAAAUUUGGUACACCCGAAGUCAGUAAACCCGCUACUGCUACGGCAACUACUUCAGCAACGCCUGUUAUCAGCUUUGGAUCGACUAAUACUACACCAGUUAUAAAUUUUGGGGCUAAACCAACAGAAAACAAACAACCCACACUUAAUUUUGGUACGACUCCAGCAUCUGAAUCUAAGCCUUCUGGAGGAUUUAGUUUCGAUUUAAACAAAAAAUCAGAAACAUCGACUUCAACGAAUGUUUCAACUACAACACCUUCAUUCAGCUUUGGAGGUACUACAAAAGAUACCAAUAAAAUAGAGGAGAAUAAAUCCACAUUUGCAACACCAUUUGGUACUGCCGCAUUCUCUCCAAAAUCUACUAGUGAAAGUGUACCAAUCACUACAGCUACAAAUCCAUCAUUUUCUUUUGGAAGUGCUACAAAUAAAGAAGACAAAGUACAAUCGAAUACAUUUGGUACCCCCACCACUUUAUCGUUUAAUACACAAAAUAGUGCUUUUAGUACACCUAAAACUACCUCAAGUAUUACCUCACCAUUCGGGUCAACCAAUGUUCCCAGUUUUGGAAUAUCUACAACAAGUACUACUCCCGCUUUUGGAGCAUCUACAACUAGUAGUGCAUCUGCUUUUGGAUCAUCUACUGUAAGUAAUACACCUGCUUUUGGAACACCGACAACCAAUGCACCUACUUUUGGAACAUCGACAACAAAUAAUCCACCUGCUUUUGGAGCAUCAACUACAAGUAAUGCUCCUACUUUUGGAACAUCGACUACAAGUAGUGCGCCUACUUUUGGAACACCUACUACAAAUAAUCCACCCGCUUUUGGAUCCACAAAUACACCAACAUUUGGGACACCUGCUGCUACAACUGCAAGUAUUUCUUUUGGUAAUAGUGCACCAGCAGUUCCAUCAUUUGGAAGCGUUAACACUACCACAAGUAACGCUCCGCUAUUUGGAAGUACAACAACUGCAUCAAAUACUUUUGCUUUUGGCUCCUCAAAUACAACUUCAGCCUUUGGAAAACCCACUACAACUAAUCAAGGAUUUGGGCAAACUAAUGCCGCACCAGCAUUUGGUGUUCAGAAUACAACAGCUAAUACUCCAUCUUUUGGAUCAACCACAACUUCUGCAUUUGGAUCCACAUCAUCAGGAUUUGGAGCACCAACUACCACAAGUUCCGCUUUUGGUAGCACUCCCUUUGGAUCUACUUCAAAUGUUGCAUCUCCAUUCGGUGGCAAUAACGCUCCACAAUUUGGAACACCCACUACAACUUCAAAUGCAUUUGGUGCAACAAAUACAGGAUUUGGUACUCCAACCACGACAGCUCAAUUUGGAUCAACAACAUCAGCUGUGGCAUCACCAUUUGGAUCAAACACGUCAUCAACAACUCCAGCAUUUGGGGCACAAACCACACAAGCAUCUGGUUUUGGAACGCAAUCCACACCAAUUUUCGGUGGUUCAACAACUCAACAACCUACUAAUGCUUUUGGAAGUAAUUCUACCUCUACAGGAAAUACUACAAAUAUUUUUGGAUCAAAUAAUAACAACAGUACUCCCAGCGCAUUUGGCUCGACAAACAAUACAAGUACAUUUGGUAACAAUUCAGCGACAAAUAAACCGUUUGGUGGAACCUCUGCUUUCACUUUCGGAGCAAGCACAACUACACAAAACAAUAACACUUUUGGAUCAACAACUGGAGGUUUUGGAAAUACAACAACUCCUGCUUUUGGUGCAUCUUCACCUCCCGCAUUUGGUGCUCAAAAUAAUAAUAAUAAUAAUGUAUUUGGAUCAACAACUCAAAGUACAAAUUCUACUACAACAAACACUGCAGUUCCAUUAUUUGGAUCAACAAAUCAAACGCCUGCUUUCGGAACACCCGAUAAUAAACAACCCGCAGCAUUUGGAGGUUUCGGAACUAGUUCACAGGCAAGUUCACCGAGUAGUGUAUUUGCUUUUGGUGGAUCACAGCCAGCAUCUAAUUCAACAAAUAAUAGUAAUGCUUUCCAAUUUGGAGCACCAAAACCAGCUGGAAGUGGAGGAUUUAAUUUUAGUGCAAACACAACGACACCUUCAUUUGGUAGUAGUGGAGGAACUGCACCUGCAGCGUUUGGAGCAAAUCAAUUCGGUGCAACUGGAGGUGCACCAAAUAUGUUCAGUAUAGGUACUGGUUCAACGGCACCUAGACCACGCGCAACAGCACGAUAUAAUAGAAAAAAAUGAUUGUUUAUGUAAAUUUAAAAAAACAAAUAACGUUUAAUUCUUUUUUUUUUUUUGUAAUUUUAAAUCUGACUAAAUUAUUUUUUAUAUGAUUUCAUAAAAAGUUUUUGUUUUUCAAUCCAUAAACAUCAAAAGUGAAAAUCAAAGCUAAUACAAAUUUAGGGUAAUUAAUUGAGGGCUAUAUAAUCUAAGUUUAUUCUAUAAUCAAAUAAAUUUGUUCAAUCAGAAUCUAAAUGUGACAACAUAACUGACUGAUUAACACUUAGAUUCUGAUCAAAAAUUAAACAGUGAUUGCUAUCCCAUGGAUACAAAACUUUAUACUGUAUAUAUUUAGAAAUGGAUAGAUUAAGAAAGGCAUCGCGAGUUAUAUUAUGAAAUAAAUUUCAAGGAUCAUUUCAUUGAAUAAUUUCGUAGCGAUUUAAUCAACAGACAAUAUCAAUUUUUCUGCUUGGAUGUAAAAUCAACUCACAAAAAUAUGAUUGCAAAAUCCUUCAUAAAUAUUUCACUACCUCAAUAUUUAUAUAUCAUUCCGAUACUAUUCUUAAAUUCAUUCAAAAAAUAGCAUUGUAUUCCGCCUAAUUUUCGUUACCACAACUUUGUAAAAAAUUUAUUAUAUGUUAAAUCUUAAUAUAUAUUUACAGUUUACUUAGUAUUCUACGUUUUCUUAGUAUUCGUUUCAUGUUCAUUUUAUAAUUUUUAUUUAUAUAUUUUUCGAAACUCAAAUGUGAUAAGUGGUCCGUGAAUCAUAGAUUGACGAAGCCUUAUUUAAUAUUUCCAUCAAUUUCAGUUUUUAUUAAAAAAUCGAAUCGUAAACGGGCUAAAAUAUAAUUUAUUAAAUAAUAAGACGCGAUUUCUAAUGGGUUUUAUUCGAUAUAUUCAGAAAAAUAAUUUUUUUUUCCAUUCUUUGAAAUUUUUUACAUAUUCCGUGCGUAAUAUCAUAAUAAUCGUACCCACUAUAAUUCCAUGAGGGUACUAAUCAGUGUUUAAAAAUUAAAUGACUCAUUUUCGAAUACUCAAAAAUGAUCAAAAUAAAUAUUUAAGAUGAGUCUUAUCUUAUAGAUAGUGUUAAAUUUAACAUCAAAUUUAAGACAAGAGUUUUAAUAAUCAAAGUAAAAAGAAUUUGUGGCAACUUUAUUGUAAUUUUUGAAUACAUGUUGAUUAUUG